AUGGAACUGAAUCAGGUUUUAGAAAAAAAGGAGCAGAUUCUGCAAUACUUAGGCACUCUGGUCGGGCUUCACGAAAAAGCGUUGUCUGAUGUAAAUUCGGCUUCCCAGGUGACAAGCAUCCGGAAGGAUAUCACUAUUUGCUUAAACGAUCUAUGCAGAAUUAAUGAUCUCUUAGUAUCCCAUGAUGGUCUAUUGAAAAGAGAAAUUGGGUCCUUACUUCGAGACAAACAAGAGCUACUAGAACUGAACGAAAGAGAGCAGCUUCUUUGGAAAGAGCGGAAGUCGUGGCAUAUUAAGCAAGAAACCGAUGCUGCGCCGGCGGACUAUGUUAUCGAUAAGGACGCCAUAAUUACCAUUUCAUCGCACCACCGGACAUCACUAAACAAAUAUAUCGAGUCAGUGGGGGCAGAAAAUACAAUACUAUCCAAUACGGAUGAUUCGGAUGCAAUGAUCGAGGAAGUACAGAACGCUGAAUCUUCUGCGGAUCAAAUGAUACGUAAUUACAAACUGUUACAAUUAUCUCAUAAGCAAGCUAAAUCAGAAAUAAUAAGGCUGGAAACUUUAUUAAGAGACUUCAAAAAGGACAAUAAAUUCAUUGAAGAGGAGUUAAAAAGGCAAUCUGGACGGAUACGUUCCGAAAUGGGUAAUAUUGAUUUUCAUUUGUCCAAGAUAGAGGAAUCUAAGCAUCAAUUAAUGAAAAGAAUAGGAUUCGAGUCGCCCCUGACACAGGAAAAAUCACUAUCAGAAAAGAUAUUCAAUUUAAGGCUGUCCAGCGCGGAUGAAGAUUACAAUGAGAGACAAACUAUCAACAUGAAAAAUUUUGUUCAUAUGAAGGAUCUCAUAGAACUGAAAAUUGAAGAUCUACAAGAGCAACUAAUGAGAAAUAAAAAUGAGUCUUCUACAGUACUAACGCAACGUGAAUUAUGGCUAGAUUGUCAAAAAAAAGUAGGAGAUUUGGAAAGCAAAUUAAUAACCAAACUUCGGAGCAGCAGCAACUCCAAAAUACCUCCAAAUGAAAUGUCAGAAAUGAUCAAUUCUACAAUACAGUACCUAAAUAACCUUCUUGACUCUUCUGAUGAAAAGCUCACGACAACUUUAAUAUCAAACGAAAGGGACGUACUUUCGAAAGCUUGUGAAGAACUCCAUAGCGAAAGUACCACUGCACAAGAUGGGUCAAGCGCACUACCUUCUAAACCAAUUGAUAUACACAAAAGCCAUAAAGGGUCGAACGCGAGUUCAAAUUUAAAACAGCCCUCGACUCCCUCAUUCUUGGUUGCUAGCAAAUCGCCACCAAAGAUUGGCAUUUCUGAAAGUGUAGUAAACGCUAAUAAAAAUGAUGCCAUAUCAAAAAAAGUUGAAUGA